GCGCGUGGAACAGCCAAGAGUCGGGACCGACUCGACCGCGGACGAAUGCUUGAUUCGUCUCCUGUCCCUCCCAGUUUUCCACCUCAGCAAUAUUAAGACGUGGUUCCCCGGGGACAGGUGGCAGUUUAUUCCUGUCACCAUUUCAGAGCCUGAAGCACUAACUAAAUAAUGGAACCCAAAGUGAUAGGGGAUGGCGUAAAAGAAAAUCCUUUCAAAUUGUUUAUUCCUCCAAGGGUAAACUAUGGUCCUGUAUCUGCAGUGAGACCACAAGAAGUAGCAAAUCAAAACUUUUUUAUGCAGAAUUCUAAUGGGUGCCAUGAAGAUGAAAUUGAUGUAAACUUCUUAAUGACGAGCACACCAAAGUUAUCUAAGACUGCAAACCAAGAGUUUAUAGAUCCAAUUUUGUUAAAACCACAGAGGAUGCACAUUGUGGAAAAAGAGAAUACUGAACAUAUAAGUCAGUUGUACACCAAGCUGUUCCAGGAGGCUGAGAAAAUCAAAAGGUGGAAAUUAUCCAUGGACAAUGAACUUUGGCAGAAGGAUAAGAAGUUACAAGAAAAUAAACAAACUAUUGAAGUUCAGCGUAAAGCAAUACAAGAACAACAAGUAAGUGCAAAGCAUUAUAAAUAAGCUUGUUCACAAUUGUAAUGUUUCCUCAACAAAUGAGUGCAACAUCCUAAAGGUAUUGUCAAUGCUGAAAGGUUGAAAUAAAAACAGAAAAUGCUGGGGUUGGACCUUAACUGGAGGGUGACCAAUAUCCUGGUAGGCAGGUAUGCCAUUACUACUCAGAAAGUUUUAAACUAGAUUGACAGGGAGAUUAACAGGGAGACUGGAUCCAAAGCAGUAGUCAGGCAUGUGGUAGGCUGGAAGUCAAUACAGAAUAUCAGUAGACAGAAAGAAGAAAAAGACAAUAAACAGAGAAUAAGAGGGGAUGGGUUUCUUAAAUGUGUAUAUUUUAAUGCUAGGAGCAUUGUAAGAAAGGUGGAUGAACUUACAGCCUGGAUUGACACCUGGAAGUAUGAUGUUGUGGCGAUCAGUGAAACAUGGUUGCAGGAGGGCUGUGAUUGGAAACUAAAUAUUCCAGGAUUUCGGUGCUUCAGGUGUGAUAGAAUUGGAGGGGCAAGAGGUGGAGGUGUUGCAUUGCUUGUCAGGGAAGAUAUUACAGCAGUGGUUUGGCAGGAUAGAUUAGAGGGCUUGUCUAGGAGGCUAUUUGGGUGAAACUGAGAAAUGGGAAAGGGGUAGCAACACUUAUAGGGGUGUAUUAUAAACCGCCAAAUGGGGAGCGAGAAUUGGAAGAGCAAAUAUGUAAGGAGAUCGCAGAUAUUAGUAGUAAGCACAAGGUAGUGAUUGUGGGAGAUUUCAAUUUUCCACACAUAGACUGGGAAACGCAUUCUGUAAAUGGGCUGGAUGGUUUGGAGUUUGUAAAAUGUAUGCAGGAUAGUUUUUUGCAGCAAUACAUAGAGGUACCUAUUAGAGAAGGGGUGGUGCUGGACCUCCUGUUAGGAAAUGAGACAGGUCAGGUGGCAGAGGUAUGCGUUGGGGAGCAGUUCGGGUCCAGUGAUCACAAUACCAUUAGUUUCAAUAUAAUUAUGGAGAGGGUCAGAACUGGACCUAGGGUUGAGAUUUUUGAUUGGAGAAAGGCUAACUUUGAGGAGAUGCGAAAGGAUUUAAAAGGAGUGAAUUGGGACAUUUUGUUUUAUGGGAAAGAUGUGGAAGAGAAAUGGAGGACAUUUAAAGGUGAAAUCUUAAGAGUACAGAAUCUUUGUCCCUGUUCGGUUGAAAGGAAAUAGUAAAAAUUGGAAAAAGCCAUGGUUUUCAAGGGAACUUGGUUCGGAAAAAGAGAGAUAGAUCUACAAUAAUUAUAGGUAGCAUGGAGUAAAUGAGGUGCUUGAGGAGUAUAAAUAAUGUAAAAAGAAUCUUAAGAAAGAAAUUAGAAAAGCUAAAAGAAGAUAUGAGAUUGCUUUGGCAAGUAAGGUAAAUCCAAAGGGUUUCUACAGCUAUAUUAAUAGCAAAAGGAUAACGAGGGAUAAAAUUGGUCCAUUAGAGAGUCAGUGGACAGCUAUCUGCAGAGCCAAAAGAGAUGGGGGAGAUAUUGAACAAUUUAUUUUCUUCGGUAUUCGCCAAGGAGAAGGAUAUUGAAUUAUGUGAUGAAAGGGAAACAAGUAGAGUAGCUAUGGAAACUAUGAGAUUCAAAGAAGAGGAAGUACUGACACUUUUGAAAAAUAUAAAAGUGGAUAAGUCUCCAGGUCCGGACAGGAUAUUCCCUAGGAUAUUGAGGGAAGUUAGUGUAGAAAUAGCAGGGACUAUGACAGAAAUAUUUCAAAUGUCAUUAGAAACGGGAAUAGUGCCGGAGGAUUGGCGUACUGCGCAUGUUGUUCCAUUGUUUAAAAAGGGUUCUAAGAAUAAACCUAGCAAUUAUAGACCUGUUAGUUUAACGUCAGUGGUGGGCAAAUUAAUGGAAAGGACACUUAGAGAUAAUAUAUAUAAGCAUCUGGAUAAACAGGGUGUGAAUAGGAACCAUCAACAUGGAUUUGUGCCUGGAAGGUCAUGUUUGACCAAUCUUCUUGAAUUUUUUGAAGAGGUUACUCGGGCAAUUGAUGAGGGUAAAGCAGUGGAUGUUGUAUAUAUGGACUUCAGUAAGGCCUUUGACAAGGUUCCUUAUGGAAGGUUGGUUAAGAAGGUUCAAUUGUUGGGUAUUAAUGGUGGAGUAGCAAGAUGGAUUCAACGGUGGCUGAAUGGGAGAUGCCAGAGAAUAAUGGUGGAUGGCUGUUUGUCAGGUUGGAGGCCAGUGACUAGUGGGGUGCCACAGGGAUCUGUGUUGGGUCCACUGUUGUUGUCAUGUACAUCAAUGAUCUGGAUGAUGGUGUGGUAAAUUGGAUUAGUAAGUAUGCAGAUGAUACUAAGAUAGGUGGUGUUGUGGAUAAUGAAGUAGAUUUUCAAAGUCUACAGAGAGAUUUAGGCCAGUUGGAAGAGUGGGCUGAAAGAUAGCAGAUGGAGUUUAAUGCUGAUAAGUGUGAGGUGCUACAUCUUGGCAGGACAAAUCAAAAUAGGACGUACAUGGUAAAUGGUAGGGAAUUGAGGAAUGCAGUUGAACAGAGGGAUCUAGGAAUAACUGUGCACAGUUCCCUGAAGGUGGAAUCUCAUGUAGAUAGGGUGGUAAAGAAAGCUUUUGGUGUGCUGGCCUUUAUAAAUCAGAGCAUUGAGUAUAGAAGUUGGGAUGUAACGUUAAAAUUGUACAAGACAUUGGUGAGGCCAAUUCUGGAGUAUGGUGUACAAUUUUGGUCGCCUAAUUAUAGGAAGGAGUACAGAGGAGAUUUACUAGAAUGUUGCCUGGGUUUCAGCAACUAAGGUUGAACAAGUUAGGUCUUUAUUCUUUGGAACGCAGAAGGUUAAGGGGGGACUUGAUAGAGGUUUUUAAAAUGAUGAGAGGGAUAGACAGAGUUGACGUGGAUAAGCUUUUCCCACUGAGAGUAGGGAAGAUUCAAAUAAGAGGACAUGACUUGAGAAUUAUGGGACAGAAGUUUAGGGGUAACAUGAAGGGGAACUUCUUUACUCAGAGAGUGGUAGCUGUGUGGAAUGAGUGAAGGUGGUGGAGGCAGGUUCUAUUUUAUCAUUUAAAAAUAAAUUGUUUUUAUUUUUUAUUUAUUUUUUAUUUUUAUUAGAAGUACGGUAAAUUACAAUUCUACACAACACAUAUAUCUUAAUACAUUUUUAGUACCGCUUCAUUUUUUUUUGAGCUUUAAGAAAAAGGUAGAAGUAAGGAAAGUAAAGAAAGUGCAAGAGAGUCGUGCAGUGCAAGAGCAAAAAUAAAUUGGAUAGUUAUAUGGACGGGAAAGGAAUGGAGGGUUAUGGUCUGAGUGCAGGUAGAUGGGACUAGGGGAGAAUACGUGUUCGGCACGGACUAGAAGGACCGAGAUGGCCUGUUUCCGUGCUGUAAUUGUUAUAUGGUAAUAUGCAGGAGCACUGUGUAGGAGGGUCUCGACCCGAAACAUCACCCAUUGCUUCUAUUCAGAAAUGCUGCCUGUCUCGCUGAGUUACUUCAGCAUUCUGUGUCUAUCAUAGGCAGGAGUACAGCAGGGAGCAAGGAAAGACACUUGAAUUAAAUUGCAUUUACUUCAAUGUAAGAGGCCUGACAUGAUGAACAAAUGUUGCAUUUCAUGGAUUUUUCUUAUCAGUAAAACACUCCUACCAAGUCUGAACAUGACAUGACUGAAAGAUGCUGUUACCUUUCACAAUAUAGGAAAGCUGGGCCCAAAUCAAGCUCAUCCAAUAACAAGUUAUUAUUUAUCUCUGGAGCGUCAGUUACUUUUUUCAAUCUUGGCUUCUUUAAGGCCUUGAAAAGAAGCACAUGUUAUUACUGCAGGCUGCCAUCUUAAUGUAUUUAUUGAAAAGACAACCUGUCCUCCAUAUUGUGUCCCAUAUAAUUUACAAUUCCUCACUGUGAUGGAAGGCAAUAAAGUCUAAUCUUCGUCCCUCAUUUUCUCCCGCGGUCGAAGCAGUCGAACCAUCUGCGGUCGGGGCGAUCGAAGUUCCUGCAGCCGGCGGUCGAAGCCCCCACAUCGGGUGAUCGAAGCUCCUGCGCCAGGGGAAUCGAAGCUUCCACGAUGAGGCCUUCGAAGCUCCUGCAGCUUGGAGCUAUCAAAGUCGGUCUCUAACCAGAGACCACGAGCUCCACGAUGUUAAAGUCCGCAAGCUC